CCAGCACUCUAUUAUACGAAGUCGCUUCAACGCCGAUGCUGGCUUCGGAACCAUGACUUUAUAUAAGAUAACAUUGGUAUCGGUGUUGGUGACAACGACGCUAUGUGGUCGUCUUGAGCCGCAGUACCUACCACCGAAGGGUGGAGGCGGCGGGGGCGGUAACGCUGGACUUGGGGGAUUCCCCGGCUCUGGAGGUGGUGGAGGUGGUGGACCAUUCGGUGGUGGUGGCGGGGGCGGCGGUUUCGGCGGCGGCGCAGGCGGCGCGGGGGGCGGCUCCGGCGCCAACAUCCCCAUACUGAAAUACGAGAACGAGAACAACGGCGAUGGGAACUACAAGUUCAGCUACGAAACAGGCAACGGCAUUUCCGCCCAAGAGAGCGGGUCCCCGCGCGCUCAGGGGCCCGAAGGCCCCGCUGUAACCGCCGAGGGGGCCUUCUCGUACCAGGCCCCUGAUGGUCAGAAGAUCUCGCUGACGUAUACAGCAGAUGAGAACGGCUUCCAUCCAGUAGGUGAUCACCUGCCCACGCCGCCUCCCAUACCAGAUGCUAUUCUGCAGUCCAUAGAGUUUAAUAAGAGGAAUCCUUCUUCUGAGGGAGCCUACAACGGCGGUGGUUCCGGCGGUUCUGGGGGCGGUGGCGGCGGGGGCGGGGGCGGUGGAUUCGGAUCCGGUUCCGGCGGUGGGGGCGGUGGAUUCGGAUCCGGUUCCGGAGGUGGGGGCGCCAACGGAUAUCACUAUUGAUCUCAUUUAUACGGACAAGGCACUCCGCCAGUACGCGUGGAUCAGUUGAUCUUUCAGCCGCAAUCAGAUAUUUAAUGAUAACUUAACAAUUUAAUGAAGAGUUUGAUAUUAAUCAGAUUUUAUGUCAGAAUCUGCUUAAGAAAGUAAAGUUAUAAUUUAAUCUUUGAGUGCAUCAGUUUGACUUUCGAAAUUAUCAACUGUUCCAGCCGCUUUUUAAACAGAAUUUUGAUUUUGACAGUAAAAGAGGAUGUAGGUGGAUGCCUCAACAAUAAUCUUAGAUUUUUAACCCCAUUAAUGAUUUUUAUACUCAAACUACUCAUGUAUUAACCUUAGUAACUUAAUAACUUUAUGUAGACAAAGCUUUAUUUCUUUAGAUAAACUGAUUAUGAAUUCAGUUGCCAAAAUUAAAACUUUACAUGUUACCAUUAAAAGGAGACAUGUACCUGCUUAAGUAUCUAUUACAAUAUUUAAAGGUUUUAUUUUUUAUUUUAGGGAGAAGUGUAAGAUAGAUUUCAGGGGGACUAAUUCUUGUAAUUUGGAGCUUUGUAUUCUUCGAUGAUUUGAUUGAACUAAGAUCGAAGGCAAAAACGCUAUUCUUGUGCUUAAGUAUUAUUCAUUACUGUCAUCAAUAGUUAUUUAAUUUCAUAAAAAAGCCAGAAAUGUCAAAGUUAUAUCACUAUUCCUGUAGGUUUUCAGUUGCCUGAAAAAAAAAUUCCAUACAACCAUCUACUCAUCUCGAUUCUCAGCUUAUUAAGUUUAUGUUAUCCCAAAAAUGUUUGUAUCCCUUUUUUGUUUAUAAAAGUCAUCUUUUUCACAUUUUUUCAUUUAGGAUAAGUGCGGCUUGUUUUAAAAGGCUUUUAGCAUACUAAGCUUUAUAACAAUAGCAUUAAGGUUUAAUUUAUAACGAACUCGUCAGUUCCGGGACUGUGAUACCACGAUAUGGCAACACUAAGCUUAAGGCUUCUAUGUAAUAUACCUAUGUAAAUAUGCAUGUGAAAAUAAAUAAAUAUGAAUGAUUAU